AUGACGCCAGAGGAGAGGCAGGACUUGGCUUUGUUUGGGCCAGCUGAACGCCAGAGAACUGCUGAACAAGUGGGGUGCACUGUAGGGCAGGUGGAUGACUGCAUAGCAAAGUACAGGUGGAUGCAGCACAUGACUGCCAGGAUGGCGCAGUUGAAAAAGGAAGGAAAGCCGCUUCCAACCUCGAUUGAUGAGGUGGAGCAGAAGCUUGGUGCGCCUGCUGACCCCUACUUCAGUGUGACAUAG